AUGUCCUUCGGCUUUUCUGUUGGUGACUUUGUCGCCGCUCUCACUGUUCUUAACAAUGUUCGAAUUGCGCUUCAGGACUCUAACGGAGCCUCGACUUCCUACCGAGAGGAGAUAUCCUUUCUUCAGGCCCUUUCGCUUACUGUUCAGCAUCUGGAUACUUUACAGCUUUGUCCUCUAGACGACCACCUGUCCAAGAACAUCCAAGACCAUUACAAACAGCUAAAAGAGCCGAUUCAUGCUUUUGUAGACGGGAUCGAAAAUAGCUACGAUGGCUCGCUUGGAUGGAAGACCACGGCACCAAAAGUGCUUACAGCUCAUCGGAGGAUACAGUGGGCGUUGUCUACCUCGAAGAAGGUAAGGCGUCUUCGGGAGAAGAUCGCCACGCCUCUUCUGGCAAUCCAGAUUACUUUAUCUCAACAGAUCGUCCUGACUUGUCUUCGGAUGCCACGCGAGAUCCAGAUGCGCUUGGCAAAUACCAUUGAUACUGUGAUAGAUUCUCGUAUACGUCCUCUAACAGAAUCAACCUUUGUGACUGCCGACGCCUUUUUAGAACAUCACGUUCAAUCCCCCAACAUCAUGCUACAACUCCUUCGCGAACUGCUUCAAACCACAACCAAGAAUUCUGAGCGGCAAUCGUCGGAGAACCAUAAAGUGGCCGAAGAGAUCAAAUGCUUCAGCCAAUCUCUAAUCUCUCAAAUCCAACCACUAGGAAGGCAACUACAUCGACUAGAAGAGAAAUCCCUUGACGCUCAUGAGUUUAUGGGCCAGAUCCAUGCGAGUCUCGAUACUGUUGUGUCGAUCAAGUCUGAAAUAAGAGACAUGCUCGCUUCACAAGCUUGUUCCAACAAGAUAACUGCUCGAAAUAUCCGAAUGGUUGGGAGCCAGAGUGUCGGUUUUCCUCGUAGGCAGCGAGGAGAUAUCCAAGAGAAUGCCUCAAGUAUUCACCAAAAGCUCGACAAGACGAAUGAGCUACUUGAGUCGAUGGCCAACGCCACGCCCGAUUUGCCAUCUUUAAGCCAACACACCAGCGUCAAGACGGAGCGAAGCCCGUUAGAUUUGGCUCUGCGAGAUAUCUUAUACGGUGGUCAGAUGUUUUUUAGCAGCUUGCUAGUCCUCGUCCGGGAGCUCAUGUAA